AUGUUUGCACGUACAGACAUCACUUACCUCAUGGCCAUGCAAUUGUUGGUGGGUAGUCUUAUCAUAAUACUGCUACGCAGUGGAGUAAUCUGUGAUGACCCACUUACCACCGGAAUUGAACCAUCAUCAACUCCGUUUUCAGUCACAAAUGCCUUCUCUCAGUUUGAGACACCAGUUACUUCAUACGUCACUUUAACUACAGAAGAGGCAACAUCAACCACUCCAGAAGUUGUAAACAAUGCCCUUUCAGCAUCAACCGACCUUGAUGAGACAGUGUCGUCCUCCAAACAGCAUCCCUUUGAAAACGAGCAUGGGACGCAAAGCUCAAUGGCAUCGGACGGUUCUGGUACAUUCAUAACCCUACAAACCACUCCUCUGUUGACGUUAAAUGGUAGAGAUUUUUACAUGAAAGUUGUACCUCUCACAGAAGAUCAUCCUUAUCUAACUGAAAGUCCACCAACUACUCAGUCACCGGAAUUGAAUGUCGUGGUAUCUGAGGCAACGGGACAAUCCGCUAUCAGUGACACAACACCUUUCAUUACCAUAACAGACGACAAGUCUUUUGCCGGUCAAAUAGCCAAGAAGGCCGCCGUUUCAUCGAAUGCAACUGUUAGACUAAAUGAUUCAAAGAACGACACCUUUUUUACAACCAUUUCAUCUCAGGACUCAACUACUUUAUCGGACAGCCUCGAUACUUCACCUACAAAAUCGCUUGAAGCACUUGUAUCAGUGGAACCAAGAAGCACAAGUACUUUAGGUGAGCAGGAAAAGUCAACAGCUUAUCCCAGAUAUACAAGCAACAAAGAUCGAUCCACCAAUUCACCGAGUUCUUCAGGUUGGAACCUAUACUUGUCUUCACUUGCAUCCGGGAUUAAUGGUUUUGAAGAGAUAACAACAAAAGCGGAAGGCAUGAAACAGGACGCCUCAACCUCAUAUUCUGAGGCAGCACUAGGACAAUCCCAAACAGAAUCAUCCAAUCAAAAAACGGUUACCACUCAUUCAACAAGCCCUGAGUUAGAUAAAACUACUUCCACACCCCAAAUAGACACGUUGAAAGUCAAAAGCUCUAUUGCCGUUGCGUCAACAGAUAUGUUUUCUAAAGGAUACGAUCGGGUAACAUUGUUCGGCUCUAGCACAAUAAGCAUGACAUUCAAAGAAGACACUAAGCCAAGCCAGACUGUUGAAGUGUUGCCAAAAGACGCGAACAUUCAAUCCACGACCACAAAGAAUAUAUAUGGUCCAUCAAGAGUAACUUAUGCCUCAGGUCACACUACUGAGUCCGUAAAUUUGGAUUUAUCUAAAGCCACUAACUCCACAGGAGAUUCCAUGAAGAGCACGGUAACUGGAGUGGAUGAUCAAGAAUUGGUGAGAUACACAACUUUAAGUGCGGAGACGGGCAUUUUUAACGUCGGUAGACUUAGCUCUACUCAAAAUUCAACAACUCUUCGGUCAAUCUCAAGCAUUACCAAUGGUGGUCAAGACAGCAGUGAAAUAGAAGCUGUACGCGAACUAACAACACCCAGUCAUGAGAUUGAACACACAACUGAAAUAAUGACUGCUUCCCCUAUGAAAGAUACCUCUUCUGAUUCAACUCGAGUUACCCACAUUUCACUUACAAGUCAUGAAUCAUUAGCACCCGGGGGUGCUACAAGAGAUUCAACAAAAUCAAAAUAUGAAUUUGAUGACGACAAAUCACACUUUACUAGAACGUUCCCCCCUGCAUUCUCUACAGCACCGGCUACUUUGCCUCGCCUUGGUGAAUCAACCAAGAUCGUUUCCGCAACCACAGAUGAACUGGGGUCAAAUCCUGCAGGUACAGAACAGCAUUUGAACCUGAAAAGGCCGCAUUUAACAUCUUUAGUAGCAGAAAGAGCACCAGAGGUUCCCCUAUCAAUCUCUAGUUCCUACGCUACGCAACAAAGUGAACAUGAAUCUACUUCCCAUUUGUUACCAACUCCACCAUCCGAACACGUAAGCAGGUCUGAAGAUGGUACCGAUCCCUUCCCCUAUCCUUCAAACGAUAAUGAUUUGGAAAAGAAGGAUAAAUCUCUGCUAUUACAUAACUCUACCCCUUCAGACACAACACAGGUCGAAGAGGUCAUUACAAUACAAAGUGUCUCUUCAAUAUCCCCAUCACAAUCGAUUGAGGAUGAAACAAACAGAAGCACUAGUCCCUCACCUCAAAGUCUCCCAGUCACGGAAGUUCCAGGAAAUUUUAUUGAAGAUUUUUCAAAAAUGACAGAAUCUUCUACGAUCAUAUUAACUACCUUUAAUUCUAGGGGAACGAUGGAAAUAGGAGGAGUAGGAAAAGAUAAAACAAUAGCAUUAGAAGGAGCAGACAUUUCGGUGCCAACUGAUUUAACACAAGAGUCGAUAACAUCACAAAAAGUCCCUUCCACAGUUUACACAGCAUCCGUGCAGCCAGCAGCUCCAGAACGUCCAAAGACUAAAAGGUUCACAGUUCAGCCUCAACCACAACCCGGAGGCACUGAUCCGGAGGGAAUGACUGUGACAACUGCCAUUUCCAUGGGUUUAAUUUUCAUAUUUCUCCUGAUAUUAUUUUGUAUCCUUGCAAUAUCUUUAAUCGCCGGAUGGGUACAUUGCCGCGGACGGGAAGGUGGACGGCCAAAAGUUAGUCUAAUUCGUGUGGAGCGAGGCUUAACGACUGAGCUUGCAAAUGGUUGGAACAAAGGAAGCCCGGUUCACGCCUGGAUGAAUUCACAGUCGGGAACCGCAACGACUCCGCAUGCUUCAGAUGCACAGUUGUCUCGGUCGAUCCCAUAUUCUCCAUCAUCUCCGCCUCCGCCACCGAGUUUCCAGUGUGGCUGCAAAAGAAGAAGCAUAUUCGGAAGUGCAAACCGCCUAUGUAUGAUUCAUGGCGACCCCUCGGCGAGGCGCAACACAAGUGCAGUACGCGCUGUUAAGAUAAUUUCUCUAACUGAUGACUCCGAUGGCGAAGAAGUAGGCACCGUGCUCCUGAAGGAUCUCGGUCGAUGUCGCGCUAGUGGGACUUCCAACGCUGCAAAUGAGGGUACCCUAGACCAUGAAUGCAGAUCGGGAGGUAGACGCCUCAGUGAAUGGCUUUACAUCGACGAGGCCUAA